UCCAUUCGUUUCCACCCCAUCCACCCGUUGCGACGCCACCAUCACCCCUCCUACAGCUGUUUCCAUCUCCUCCCUCCCGUUUCACUCUUUUCCGCUUCUUUUUAUCCCCACCUCCCCCCUCUCUCCCUCUCUUCAAGAGAGGAGAGAGGGGUGGACCGCCGUCGUCGCUGAUUUCAUGGGCUCGGCCAACCAUUCGCCGGGUUCAGACGAUGCAGCGAUGGCCACGGCGGACGAGAUGUUCUCCAAGCGCGGCUGCUGCUGCUUCUUUGUGCCCUGGCCUAACAAGGCCUGGGAGAGGAUAAUGCCCCCGGCGUCGGAGCGGACCGACGGGGCCUGCCCCGCGGCGAGCCGGCGGUGGUGGUGCAGAGGAUGGAAGGCUAUCCUCAAGGUGCGGGAGUGGUCCGAGCUCGUGGCCGGCCCCCGGUGGAAGACCUUCAUCCGCCGGUUCCGCCGCCGGCCCCGGAACGGCGGCGGAGGCAAGCCCGGCGGCAGGUUCGGGUACGACCCCAUGAGCUACGCCCGCAACUUCGACGAGGGGCAGGGCAGCGACUCGGACGGCGACACCGUCCGGCGGGGUUUCUCCGCCAGGUACGCCACCCCGCCCGCGUUGGCCAAGUCGUCGAUGGACUUGGGGGGCCUCAACGACGCGCCGCUCCUCGUCGGCUACGCCCACUGAGGAGGAGGAGGACGCCGAUUUUGAGGUAAUUGAUUUGUGGAUAUUGGUCAACCAGCCUUGCAAGAUGAUGAGGUAACUCAUGGUUCUUUCUUUCUUGCUAUUUCUUCUGUUGUCACCAUUAUCCACCAUUUGAAUUUGUUGCUUAAUUCUGGAUAAAGAUACUCUCUAUAACGAUAUGGAGCAAGCAGUGGCACAAGCGAGAUCAACAAGUUUGAGAUCUUCAAUGGAGAGUCAAAGAAGGUCUACACAGAUGUUGCAUUACCUGAAAUGUGCUGCAACCGAUGAAGAUGACGCUGGUUUUUAUUUUCUUCAUGUUAAUUUGGAAAUGAGAUUUUGAUGAACUCUAAUUGGCCAUUACUGACUGAAUCUUACUGCUAUGGAUUAUUGUUUAGUGUGAGUAAUAAUGUAGAUCAUCUGCUAACCAUUAGCUCGAUGUAAUUCUAUCAGAUUAGAACUUUUUAGAAGAAAUACUCAGUUUUCUUUUCCUCCA